AAUAAUUAAAGGAAAACCGGUGAGUACAGUUAAGGCGCCGUUGGCCUUUUCUCUUGUGACCUGUGAGCUCUGAAACUGUUGGUCAAUGGCGGAGUUAAGCCUAAUUAUAUUCUCUCUCGCCAUCAUCCUCUUCCCUAUUUCCCUCCUAGUUUUCCUCGCCUUCAUAGUCCGACCACACCCAAUCAAAGUCCCAAUCAAAAACCGCCACGUGUUCAUCACCGGCGGCUCAAGCGGAAUCGGCUUAGCUCUAGCUCAACAAGCCGCUUCAGAAGGUGCAAAAGUCUCAAUACUCGCUCGCAACACUUGCAAACUCGAAGAAGCUAAGGAAUCAAUUAAACUAUCGACUGGCCGUGACGUGGCAAUAUUCAGCGCUGACGUCAGAGACUACGUGGCAGUUAAGAAGGCUGUUGAAGAAGCGGGACCCAUUGAUGUGUUGGUGUGUAAUCAGGGUGUAUUUGUGCCUCAGGAAUUGGAGACACAAGAUGUUGAUGAGAUUAAGUUUAUGAUUGAUGUGAAUUUGACAGGGACUUUUCAUUUGAUUAAAGCUGCUUUGCCUGGAAUGAAGAAUAGAGUUGGUCGUGGACCUGGAUCUAUUGCUAUUAUGUCUUCACAAGCUGGCCAGGUUGGCAUAUAUGGUUAUACUGCUUAUUCAGCCAGUAAGUUUGGCCUCAAAGGACUGGCAGAAGCAUUGCAGCAGGAAGUUAUUGGUGAAAAUAUUCACGUGUCACUAAUAUUUCCCCCCGACACUGAAACUCCUGGAUUUGCUGAAGAAAACAGGAGGAGGCCACAGUUGACUAGUAUAAUAGCAGCUUCUUCUGGUGCCAUGAAAGCUGAAGAAGUUGCAAAGAAAGCUUUGAAUGGCGUUAAAUCAGGAAAUUUUAUUGUCCCCUGCAACUUUGAGGGAUUCUUUCUUUCCAUAGCAACUGCUGGUCUAUCUCCUCAGAGAUCAUUCCUGAUGGCAUUUGUCGAAGUCAUAGCUGCUGGAAUAUUGCGUGUUGUUGGUCUAUGUUUCCAGUGGAACUGGUAUGGGAGCAUUGAGAAAUUCCUUAGAGAAAGGAAAUAGGGAGUAACUACUAAGCACAGUCUAACAAAUAAUUUCUGGCACUUCCGUCAAGAAUUGUUGGUUUGAUCCAACAAUUGGAUUUCUACAUGAUAGAUAUUACAGAAAUUGAACUUUUUUCAUGAUGCCUUAUGUACCCUUAAGUUGUCCAAUUUUUAAUUGCUUUUGUGCUAGUGAACUAAAACUAUGUAGUCCUCGUUCCUCUUUGAUUUUGUCCAUUACCAAGUAUUGCUGGCUAAUUUGUCAACUUUGUUGAAAAGUUUUCUGAUC